AUGGCGGUUCUAUCCCCAUGGCGCCCCGCGUCGCUGCCCACAGUGGCUCUCCUACUCUCCUCAAUCGUCCUCGCUGUCUCUCUCCAAGUCCCCAAUCCUGCAGCAGAUUCCUCCCUCUACGUAGUUCAGUUGCGCUCCGCGCCGGCCGUUGCCGUAUAUCAUGGCGGCUUUCCCGGGUUUCCCGGCACCGCCGCCGUCCGAAACCCCGCAUCCCAAGUCGCGAAUGCCGCCGGCCGCCUGUUUUCGCGGCGGCCGCGGGUGAAUUUGAAGAUGCCGCACGUGCGCGCGUUUACGGAGAUGCUCAAACGGCAGCAGCGGCGGGUGGCGCGGGAUGUGGGGAUCGGCGCGAGCCGCCUCUUGUACAGCUACACGCACGUGGCGAACGGGUUCGCGGCGGAGCUGACGGCGGGGGAGGCGCGGCGGAUGCGGCGGCACCCCGCGGUGGGCAGCGUGACGCGCAGCGGGCGCUUCCGCCUGCUCACGACGGCGUCGCCCGCGUUCCUGCAGCUGCCGCCGUCGCUGUGGGCCGCGGCGGGCGGGCAGAGCAGCGCGGGCGAGGACGUGGUGGUGGGGGUCGUGGACACCGGCAUCUGGCCCGAACACAAGUCCUUCGCUAACGACUCGUCCUCCGCGGCGUUCCUCUACGGCGGUGCGCCGGAGGGGUGGCAGGGGUCGUGUAAGAAGAGCGCGGACUUCCCCGCGUCCGCGUGCAACGGCAAGAUCGUCGGCGCGCAGGUGUUCUACGCGGGCUUCAAGCGCGACUCGCGCGACCGCAUGGACUUCACUAAAGACUGGCUCUCGCCGCGCGACGCCGACGGCCAUGGCACGUGGUGCUCGGGCGCGUCAACGGGCAACGGCAACGUGCAGACGAACACGCUGGGCCCGAUCAGCGGCAUGGCGCCGCGCGCGCGGGUGGCGAUGUACAAGGUGUUUUGGAAGGAGCGCGGCGGGUACAUGUACGCCACGUACGCCGACAUCUUCGCCGCCGUCAACCGCGCCGUGGCGGACGGCGUGGACGUGCUCAGCCUGUCGCUGGGCGGGUCUGACAGCUCCGCCACCUACUUUGACGACUCCACCUUCAUUAAUGUCCACGCGGCAGGUGUAGUGGUAGCUUUCGCAGCGGGCAAUGCGGGCAGUCCGUGGCGAGUGGGCAUGGGGUACCGCACUCUGGAUAACUUCUCACCGUGGUACAUCACGGUUGGCGCCAGCACGAUCAGCCGAUUCUCAACAAUGACAGGAGCUGCCGUAUCUUCAUCCUCGUCGUCAUCAUCGCCUGUCAAACCGACCGAAACAGCAACAUCGCCCAACGAAGCACCAAUAGUGGCGGGCUUCUCAUCAACAGGCCCGCUCGUCGCCCCUCUUCUCAACCCCGAAUCCCCGAAGCCCACCAACGACAUCCUCAAGCCAGACAUCCUCGCGCCUGGCGUGUCCCUCUGGGCGGCUACUGCUGGGUCGUCUCUGACCGACACCACGAGUCGAUACUCGCGGCUCUCAGGAACCUCGAUGGCCACGCCUCACAUCGCAGGGAUUGCUGCGCUGCUCGUGCAGCGAAACCCCGAGUGGACUCCCGCCCAGAUCAUUUCCGCUAUGAUGACGACUGCCACAGUGCGGAACAACAAGGGGACGCUGAUUCGGAACUCCAACGGGGACAUCGCGACACCCUGGGAGACGGGCGCGGGGCAUGUGAAUCCGAUGAAGCUUCUAGAUCCUGGAUUGACUUAUGAUGCCAACGAAACGGAUUUCCGGAAUUUUCUCGCUGGGCAGGCGCUCACCCGAGCGAAGAAAUUGUUCAAAGGGAUUACUUUGCAGUCCAUCAAGGCUUAUAACCUCAAUAGGCCUUCGAUCGCUGUUGGACGGCUUGCUGGUACAGUAACCGUUCAGCGGCGUGUUACAAAUGUGGCUGAUACAGCUUCGACAUACACAGCAGCGGUUGCAGGCAUGGACGGGGUUUCGGUCACGGUGAAACCACCAAGUUUCACCAUAGAGCCGGGAGGAGGUACCACGGAGCUCGUUCUCAAAUCCAACGUGCAUCUCACAGCCCCCCUCCCCGCACUCGAAGGAUUUGCCAGGCUAACCAUCACGGGCGCAUGUGCCGUCGACAGGUGUAUCAUCAGCGGAAAUAACGCCUUCCCCAUAUUCACCUCCCCGUCGUCCGGCUCCACUGGGGGAAUACUGAACCUGCGCAACCUCACCUUCCAGGAGGCGUCUUUUGAGUCUUACUCGGUGACAAAAAGUGUUUCCCUGCGCUACUUCUCCCUCUGCAUCUUCUACAACAACACGACGCCCACUGGGGGGGGUGGCGCCUUGAGCAUCAACUCGGGGUACCCCCAAGGCCAGGGGCCCGCGCUGACAAUUACGGGCAGCUACUUCAGGAACAACAGCGCGCCCAAGGGGCAAGGAGGGGUGAUUAGGGUGGAGGGGACUGGCAAAGUUGUGUUCAAGUCAUGCUUGUUCGAUGGGAACAGCGCUGGUGUGUCAGGGGGGGCCAUCUACUCCAACGGCACCUCCCUCACUAUCGACCACGUCUCCUUCAGGGACAACAAGGCUAUUGGCGUUCCCCCUACCACCACCUGUGGCAUGGGCGGCGUUCUAUUCGCAGUCUCAGGGCUCUACAGCAUGGUGUAUCUCCGCUUCUGCGCGUCUUCCUUCUCGGGCAACACGGGCUGCGUUGAGUCUGUCAGCACGCUGUAUCUGCUGACAGUUCCAGGCGGCUCAAAGUUUCCAGCGUCUGUGGUUUUUUGCAAUGGGACCAGCAAGCCGGCUGGGUUGCUCGUGCCCUCAAGUGGGUGGCGCGAGUUGAGCAGUUGCACUUCCAGGUGA